GAAAGAUGGAAGAGUUAAUACUAGGUGUCUAAGACGCUACCAUGACAGGACAUAGCUGAGGAGUCACCUAUUACUACUUUGGACUCUGAAGUCUGCUGCAUUAGACAGCAUAAUUAUUCACAAACCCUUACAUUAGUCAUUGACAUUAAUGUAAUGUAAUGCAAUGCAAAGUCACAAGUUCGACUCUCGCCAGAACUGUUUCUUUUUUUUUUUUUUUUUUUCCUCUCUCUCUUUUUAUUAGCUGCGGCAAUUUCCGUUCUCUCUCCUCGGAGAAGAAAGAGAUACAUAAGAAAGUUAAAAGCAAGGUCGGGAUGAUUGUGGCUAAGCCAAGCUCUUCCGCUCAUCAGGUUUUCCGCUACUCCAUAGGUAAUUAAAUAAUUCCUCUUUCCUAGAAAUCGAUGACUCAGUCGCGCAAAUGUAUCCCAUCCAUCUUCUGCAUUUACCGCGGGGUUGAGUGGCGCAUUCCAUAUACUCGACACAGUAAGAGAUCAUAGAACAAUUGCUUCCUACUCACAAGACCUCUUCGCACCGACUCUACUCCCAUAUAGAUCUAUUUUCUCGGACGUCGCGCUACCACAGUCCGUCUGCCGGAUCAGGUUUCUCAGCAAGACAGUCUUUCCCUGCUCUAUCAACAAUCCUAGAAGUCUAGUCGGUAGCUGUCUCUGGUGUUUUUGUGCGAAUCAAGUUUUGUCCUCUCUCGAUUGCCAGAUACUCAAGAUUUUUUGACACAGCAUCUGUACAGUGUACAUAUUCUCCGAGCCUCAUUUUUCAGAGUCUCGCGAUCCCUGCAGAAUCGACGCAAGAAGGGGAAAAUAAAACACAUCCGAUUCCACACGAUAUCCAACGUGCACGGCUGUCCGUGCUGAUUGGUCCGGUAUCCCAGCAGAGACCGUCAUUGUCGCCGUUGCUGUCGCCGCAUUCUUCCUUCGCAGCCCAGAUCCAGGCUGAUCCCUCCCAAUUCCCAGGCGGAUUCCUCGUCGCCGCAUACACAUCCCUAUUUCCUGCGUUUCCGCGGGUCGGCCAACGAGGAUCCUGCGCACCAUCUCGUGCCAAUUGGCUUGGGACUUGGAGAGAGACGGAGAGCGGAAGCCGAUUCUGCGGCGGAGAUCCUGCCUAUCGCAUCAGAUGCGCUCGCCGUGAUACGGCCUAUUUAACUACCCCUGCUCCCAUCGCGAACCCCCGAAAUGGUCUCUGACGAUGCCUUGCCAUCUGCUUCCCUCUACUCCUCUCUCUCAUCCUCUUCUCGCUGGUUGAGGUCAUCUGCUGCAGACACUGCCUCGCGAUUCUGCGAUCUAAUCCGUGCUACAUUGUCCGAUAACAGACACCUCGCCUCCUUUGUCGGAUUCCCCUACAGAGCUGCUGGGCAUGAUACUGUGAGCUGGGGGAAGGCAAUUUUACUGGUAACCUGUUUGGCAGCAAUGGUUGGUUGCGGAAUACUAUCUCCUCUCUUUCGCCGCCGGCCUUCCAGGCAGCCCUCCCGUUUCGACCGUGGUCGUCGUCGCCUCCUCUCCAAUUCUCGUUCCCCAGUUUCCUCGGGUACAGUGACCUCUUCGGAGGACGAGACCUAUGAGAACGAUGCGUCAGAUGAAGAACCCCCCGAGAAGGGGUUCGACAACCUGAGACGUCAAAGUGAUGAAUUGGCCGACGAAGCUUUCAGUACAGAUCCAGGUCUGCUCCGCAAGCAUUCCUCGUACGUUUCUUACAGCACAUCAGUCGCUACGUAUCCGUCAAUCAGAACGUUUUACUACCCUCAUCCGCACAUGGACAAGCUCCCGUCGACGCCAGCUCCCAUUCCAUUGCUUGUGUUCGUACAUGGCUUGGGUGGAUCACUGGCACAGUUUCAACAUGUCCUUACGAGCCUGUGUAAUGUCGGGCCGUGCUUUGGGAUUGACCUUCCUGGCUGCGGUUUAUCUUCCUUUGCGCCCACCUCUUGGGACGCAUAUACCAUCGAGGCGUUGGCUGAACUACUGGUGACAGCCAUUGAAAAGUACCGCAAUAAGGAGGCAGGCCAGGGUGUGGUCUUGAUUGGUCACAGCUUGGGCUGCUCCCUGUCAGCUUUGAUAGCAUCUUCAACGUCACCAAUAAAGGAGGAUAAUUUGAAAAAGCAUAUCCUUGGUCUUAUCGCUGUAUGCCCUCGUGCGUCGCCUCCCUCCGCUAGAGAAACAACGCUCUUCCGCCGUCUCCUCCGCGUCCCUGGCCCCAUAUUUGAUAUCUGGCGCUAUUGGGAUCGACGUGGCGGCCCACAUAGUGCGAGCGUCGCCAGGUUUGUGGGUGCCGAUGCAGAUCCGUACACAAGAGAACUGCAAGUCCGUUAUAACAAGCAGAGCAAAACUCCCGUCUGGAGAAGGAUGGCCUGGGGGACCCUUCCUGUGUACAAUAAUGCCGAGCCGGUCGGGGGUAUUCCUGGCAAGAAUGUUUGGGCUGGCGUGAAGACGGCCGUCUUGGCUGUGGCGGGAGAAGCCGAUGCUAUCACAAGACCGGAGGAAGUGCAGAAGCUCCUGGGGUUUUUCGGCGAGUUAAAGACUAACACAGAACUGGAUGUUUGCGGCGGUAGCGUUAUCCCUGACGCGUCUAGCAUUCAUGACCGAGUUCUAGCUGAGGAUGCCGAUGCCCUCCAUAUCUCGUCUGGUCAGCUUGAGGAGGAUGAAAAGAACUUGGAAAAGACAUACAAGAAGCGAGGGCGCGUCGUCAAGACGGCUAUUCUUCCACCUCCAGCUUCUCAUGCCCUUCUCUACGAUCGAGCAACGUACCACACGUUGGCAGGAAUUAUCCAGGACUUUCUUCUUCAGCAUGUUGACAUCCGCUUGAACCUUGGGUGGCAGUUGCGGUAUUUGAACACCUCUGGAAAGUGGGAUGUCAAGAACCUAGUCAAAUGGAAGAAAGUCGUUCCUGUUUCGCAGCCGAUCGCAGACACCUUUGCGGCUAUGAAAGUUCUCCGAGAGGUGGACGAGGAGCAUAACCCCGUGCUGUUUGCACAGAAGUACAGGGGCAAGAUUCACGCUGUCAUUGAUAUCAGCCACGAGAAUCCAGUGUACAAUCCGGCCCAGUUGGAGAAGAAUGGGAUCCGAUACUUCAAACACCCGACGGUAUCGAAGAUUCCCCCAACACAAGAUGAAGUAAGAGACUUCAUCGCUCUGGUGGAUCGGAUAGAGAACGAUAUCACUGAGAAGAUGGAGAGAUCGGGCGAUAGCAAUCUUCUACGCCCCUUGGUUGGUGUCCAUUGUCAUUACGGAUACAACCGGACUGGUUUCCUGAUCGUGUGUUAUCUCAUCGAGCGAAAGGGAUUCAGUGUCCAAGAUGCCCUUGAGGAAUUUAAGAGGAAGCGAUCCCCGGGAAUCAGACAUAGGCAUUUUAUUGAUACCCUGUUUGUGCGGUAUUGCGUUGGGCUCAAGGCGCCGCUAUGAGGGAUGUGUACUCUGUAUACGGAUAGAUUGAUUAUGGCGUUGGGGUAGAUGAGUGGUGUUUCAUUAUUUAGCAUGUACCAUUUCGUGUUUAUUUGGCAUUUUGUGAUUCGUUAAACCGACGAUUGAUGAUAUCCAUAUGCAGUUGUAAUAAUAGGCUUAGAGAAACCUAAUGUUAAAGAGCAUUCCAUUGUCAG